GCGCCCGCCCCCACGGUGAGGUGGCCACCACGCCCACCCACGCGCGUCGUGGCGCGGCGUCUCACGCGUCUUCUCCUCGGGUCGGGCACCUCGCCGGCCGACGACUCGACGCACCGCCACGGCGGCACCCCGCACUUUCCUGUCCCCCACCCCACCCGCUGCGCUGCAGCUCCGACUCCGAUCGCUAGCUAUUUGAGCGGCCGAGCACGCAGCUGCCCAUCGCUCAUCCUCACGCGCUUGCCGUGCAGCUCCAUUUGACCACUUGAGCAGGAGUAGAGCAGGGCAGGGCAGCAUCUCAGUCUCAGGGGCUCGUGUAGCGGGAUCUCAUCGGUGCGGUGAGGGUCAGGUCGUGCAUCUUCUCCACCACCGGUCCUCCAUGCUCGGCGGCGGAGGCGGCAGGGCGCUGCGGCGGGUCGGCAGCUCGCCGAGGGCGCCGCCGCCGCCGAGGCGCCGGCUGUUGUUCUCCAAGAGCGACUCCAUCAAGAAGAGGAGCGCCACCGCCGCCGCCAAAGGGUCCAACUCCAAGCGUGCGCGGCUGCGCGCGGGGCUCGCCGCCGCGCUGCAGGAGCUCAGGCUCGCCGGCCGCGGCCGGAAGUGCGGCGGUGGAGCCGGAGCAAUGGCCAGCGCCGGCAUUGGCGCCGGUGGAGCCUGCAGCUCCAGCCCCGGCGCGGCUGCUGCUCUGCCCGUGGCCGCGGGAGCCGACGAGGGGUCGGCGAGCAGAGCAACGGCCGGCGGUGCCGGUCGCGCGGGCUGGCCGCAGCUGGUUCUGCUGCUGGCGGUGCUGGCCCUGGCGUGCGUGGUGGCGCUCGGCCGGGCGCCGGCCGUCUGCUGCUGCACCUGCGCCGCCACCUGGUUGUGCCGCGGCACCUCUUCCACCCCCGCUGGCGAGCGCCGGAGGAGCGGCGCAGUGCAGUCUCAGGCCGGUGGUGCUAGCAGCAGCAGCCGCCGCCGCCGCGGUGGGUGAUUGUUUUGUCCGAGCUAGGCUGCAGUUUCUUCGUCUUGUUGAUUGCUAACAAAAUCACCGAGAUGUACACUUACAGUUACAUCAGGAAUGUUGCCUCACUAAAACUAAAAGAGUUUUGGAUUUUGUUA